CCUUACGGGGCAUAGCGCAUUCCCAUUCACGACUGAAUUCCUUCUCAUCAUCUUCGAGUAGGCACCUUGACUUGAGUUUUCGAACAGCCUCACCAACGCAGCAGUCUUCGGAGUGUCAUCGCAGUAGGAAAGCGACCGGAAGCACUCCACUCAUAAGGCCGAACCUCUUGCGCGGCGCUCGUCAAAAGGGCCAUACCUACCGUACCGCCCUCUGUCAUAAUGCCGACCUACUUUGAUACAGUUAAAAAGUCCUACGCGGACGUUCCCAUCACAGAGGAGGGAGUGGACACUUCGACGUUCCUGGAAGCGACGGAUGGGCUGGUCAAGCUGUUCGACCUUCUGGGCUCUUCAGCUUUCGCCAUCGUUCAGAGUGACAUGAAAGGCAAUGUCGGAAAAAUCAGGGAUCGCCUCCUCAGCUCGCCCGGAAACUCUCACUCGCUUCAGCUCCUGGUCAAGAAUGAGGGAGCGCCAGGAGACAAGAACAGGACUGCUACUCAAGGACUGAUGUGGCUGCUUCGAGGACUGGACUUCACAGCUCAAGCAUUGCGUCGCUCGGUGAACAACAAGGGCGAAGAAUUGUCCGUGAGCUUCACGAAAGCGUACGAGAACAGCCUUAGGCAGCACCACAACUUUGUCGUCAAAGGGGCUUUCAGCCUCGCGAUGAAGGCGUGCCCCUACAGAACCGAUUUCUACGCUAAGCUUGGCUCCCCGCCCGAGCACGUUGACCAGGAGUUGAGGCGAUGGCUAGAUGCCCUGGAACUCAUUGUCAAGCAGCUGCAAGACUUCUACGUUGCUGGCAACUAUGGCAAGGGCUUCUGAGAUGGGCAGUGAUUCACGAGUGUCCAAAUCAGAUUUGCACCGUAGUUUGCGAGCGAAAUGCAAAUGUUUUGGUCGCGAAGGGGGGAGCUCUUUGUUGUGUAGAUCACAUCGGCAGGCUCGGCUAGCGAGGCUGCAACGUGGACCUAGCCUCUUGCUUUCGCCAAAUCAGCGCUGACGAGUACAAGUUGAGCAAAUUGCUUCUUUGACGCCUGGGCUGGUCGAUGUGCAGGGAAAUG